AUGCCCUUCCCCUUCGUCCUCCCGACUACUUCCAGCAUAUCCUUCACAGAAUACUUCAACAGCAGCACUCAUCCGUCCCUACCCAACUGCGCGACCACUGCGCGAGGCGUCCUUCGAGACGUACUCAAGCGACACAAGCGCAUACCGCCUGCCUCACAGGCCUCGAACCUCUCCACCGUAACAUCCGCCCUCAACGACUACAUACCAUACCUGUUCGCUCUCGAUGCAGGACUGAGUGGUGCAAGCUGCGCCGGCGAAGAGAUCGACCUGGUCUUGGUUAAGGAGCUGGAAGUAGAAUGGCGCUCGACGCUGGGGUCUUCGAUACCGGGUCGCGAGCCAGCAAGAGUGAAGCUCAAGAGCCUUGAGAGCGAGCUCUGCUAUACUCUCUCGACACUGGCAUACGUAUACAGCCUCCAGGCUCGAGCACAGCUACACACCCUCUACAAUGCGACCGUACCCACGCCCGAACAACGCGCAACCGCAAUCGGCGCUGCUAUGAAGCACUUUCUCGAAGCAAACUCCAUACAUACAUACUUGGUGAACCGCGCAGGGCAGUACAACUCACAACCCGCGGCUAUAGACAUAUCCGCGGCUGUGCUGGGAGCGUUAGCGGAGCUCACUAUGGCUGAAGCUACACUCAUCACCGUACUGAAAGACGAUCCAUACCCAGCGGUCGUGAUAGAAGACCGGAACAAACAGAACAAAGACUGGAUGUUCCGGGGCGUCGAUAUACCCAAGGUCCGCGCGCACCUCUUCGCUCGACUGUGCCUUGCUUCUUCAGAACACGCUGCGAAAGCCCAAGCUAUGUUUGGGCGGUCUUCCAAGAUCAACGACGAUCUGCUGAAAUACGUGGAUGAUCUGAGGCGGACCGCCAAAGGCAAGGCGUGUCGGUUCCUUGCCUGUGAUGCUGAAGGAGGUGGUAAGACAGGCGACGGCAUUGCAUGGCUACGAGGCGCAAAGAAGGAGCUGGGUUUUGCAUCGCUGGGUGCGGAAGAAGAGAAGAAGUCAUCUGGUUUCUCCAAACUGAAGAAAGAAUGGCAGGAGAAGAGGGAAGAUCGCAAGAUCGAAAAAGGCGUGGACUGGGGCACUGAUGCAGGCAAGUUCGAAGAAGGACGAAUUGUCGAUAUGUUGUUGAAGAAGUGGGAGAAACAGAACGACACCGUUGGCAUUCAAAUAGUACCUCCCUCAGAACCAUUGCUAGCAAGCAUGCCCUCUGGACGCGAGUAUCACACCACCAAGAUGUUCAUCGUCCCUGCGCUCGACGAAGACGCUUUGAUCCGCAUGCGGGCGCCACCAGAUCCAAGCGAGGCUUUCGAAGGAAACGAAGACGACAGCGCGGACGAGGACGACCGCAACCCUCCUGCCGGUGCAUUCCCAGGCACAAAGGCGGACUAUGCACCAAGCUCAAGCUACUAUUGA